AUGAGCGAAAAUGGAAGUCCACUUCAAGAAUCAAUACAAAUCGAUAGUGCACCAUCUAUACCUUUCAAUUCACUUCAAGGAGCAAUACAAAUCGACGGGACGUCAUCUCUAUUUAUCAAUCCAUCUCAAGAAGCAACACAAAUCGACGGGAUGUCAUCUUUAGCUUUCAAUCUGCCUCAAGAAUCAAUCCACAUUGAUGGCGCAUCAUCUCUACCUUUCAACCCAUUUGAUGGAGCAAUACAAAUCGAUAUUAUAGCAUCUCUACCUUUCAACCUACUUGAAGAAUCAAUACAAAUCGAUAACGCGCCCCUUCUACCUUUUAAUUCACUUCAAGAAGCAAUACAAAUCGACGGGACGUCAUCUCUACUUUUUAAUCCAUUUCAAGAAGUUAUACAAAUCAACGGGAUGUCAUCUCUACUUUUCAACCCACUUCAAGCAACCAAAUCGACUGGACGUUAUCUUUAG